AUGUUCCUGUUGUUGCAGGCGUACGACGCGGGUUUUCUAGGCAAGAACGCCUGCGGUACGGGCUACGACUUUGAUGUGUACAUCCACCGCGGAGGCGGCGCUUACAUCUGUGGAGAAGAGACUGCCCUGAUUGAAUCCAUUGAAGGGAAGCAGGUGCGUUUCGUCCCCCCUCCCGUCACCUAUGCGUCUGUUGCUGUCAACCUACUUAUCUAA